AUGGGAGAAUCGAGCAAUUUUGCACAACCGAGCAUACCAAAAUUCGAUGGGGAUUACGAUCAUUGGAGCCUUCUCAUGGAGAAUCUUCUCAGAUCAAAGGAGUACUUCGAUGUGGUGAAAGAUGGAGUAGAAGAACCUGUCAAUGAAGAAGUGCUGACCGAAGCACAGAAGAAGACUCUUGCUGAUGCAAGAUUAAAAGAUCUGAAGGCUAAGAAUUAUUUGUUCAGUGCUAUUGACAAAUCAAUUCUUAAGACAAUCACCUUGAAAGAAACCUCAAAGCAGCUGUGGGAUUCAAUGAAGACUAAGUAUCAAGGAAAUGCACGAGUAAAGCGUGCACAAUUGCAGACAUUGAGGAGAACGUUUGAAUUGCUAGAGAUGAAGAAUGGAGAAUCCAUCUCCAAUUACUUCACAAGGGUGAUGAUGGUGGCCAAUGAUAUGAGAAAUAACGGUGAUGAUAUGCAAGAUGUCAAGAUUGUGGAAAAAAUCUUGCGUACCUUAACCGAAAACUUCAAUUACAUAGUGUGUUCAAUUGAAGAAUCCAAAGAUAUUGACAGCCUAUCAGUCGAUACUUUGCAGAGCUCAUUACUAGUACAUGAGCAGAAAAUGAGAAAGCCGAGCAAUGUAGCAGAGGAGCAGGUGCUCAAAGUCUCUCAUGAAUAUCGAGGUGGCAGAGGCAGAGGAAGAGGGUUUAGCCAAGGAAGAGGAAGGUUUAACAAAGCAACAGUGAAUGCUUCCGAUGUCAUAAGCUCGGACAUUUUCAAUAUGAAUGUCCGAUGGAGGGUAAGGCGAAUUAUGCAGAGAUAG